AUGGGAUCGGCGGGCGCGGAGCUGCUCGUCACACUUCAGAUCCUGCCCGGCUUCUUCUCCAAUUGCCUGUUCAUGGCUCUGUACGACUCGGUGGUGCUGCUGAAGCGCGUCGUGUCGCUGCUCAGCUGCUCGCGCUCCGUCAGCUGCGGAGAGUGGCGCCGCAUGCUGACCUCUGCGGGGCUGCGCGCCAUCUGGAACAGCUUCCUUCUGGAUGCCUACAAGCAGGUCAAACUUGGCUGUGAAGCACCAAACUCUAAGGUGGUGAAGGUUCCUGAAAGUCCUCGGUGGAGCAGCUCCAUCAAGAGCAUGACUAGUGUUCCUCGUGGCGCCAGGGCCCAAACUGGAGACGAGUGCCGCCUUUUGGAUUUUGAGUCAUCAGAUCGCCCUCUGGUGGUCAACUUUGGCUCGGCAACCUGACCCCCGUUCAUCAGCCACCUUCCAGCUUUCCGGCAGCUGGUGGAGGACUUCAGUGACGUAGCUGACUUCCUGCUGGUUUACAUCGACGAGGCUCAUCCCUCUGACGGCUGGGUGGCUCCUCAGAUGGGCCCUUGCUCCUUCAGUUUCCGGAAACACCAGAACCUGGAGGAGAGAAUGGGAGCUGCGCGCCAACUCACUGAGCACUUUUCCCUACCGCCACAGUGCCAGUUGGUGGCUGACUGCAUGGACAACAAUGCGAACGUGGCAUACGGCGUGUCCAAUGAACGGGUGUGUAUAGUGCACCAAAGAAAGAUCGCCUACCUGGGUGGCAAGGGGCCAUUUUUCUACAACUUGAAGGAGGUGCGCCAGUGGCUGGAACAGUUACGGCAGACGGUAGGACCAAAUACAGAGGAGUGA